UUCUCCAUUAUCUGAUGAGUAAUCUAAUUCCAUACUUACCCUUCAUUAGAUUGUCCUGAAUUAAUCACAUGUACUGUCACCUGAUGACAUUUUUGGCAUUUGGGCUAACCUACCACGGACCCCAUCAUAUGUAUAUAGACAAAUCCAAUGUGUAAUUACUAACAACAAGACAACAGAUUAUAAUACUUCCUCUAGCCGGAAAAGUUUCGUCUUCCAAUAUGUCGCCGGCGGCUGGAGUAAACGUACCGCUUCUUCCGGAGAGUAAGCAGCCAGCAAAGCAUGCAUCUGUGUCUGGUGCUGUGUUUAACGUGUCCACCAGCAUUAUUGGUGCCGGAAUUAUGUCAAUCCCGGCAACACUCAAGGUGUUAGGUGUGGUUCCAGCAUUUCUGUUGAUUGUGGUUAUAGCUUGGCUGGCAGAUAUCUCAGUUGAAUUUUUGAUGAGGUACACACAUGCCGGGGACUCGACUACGUAUGCUGGUGUCAUGAGGGAGUCAUUUGGGAGGGUGGGAUCGGUCCUGGUGCAAAUAUGUGUCAUGAUCACCAAUCUUGGAUGCUUGAUCAUUUAUUUGAUUAUUAUAGGGGAUGUUCUGUCGGGAAACCAACCAGAAGGAUCAGUUCACUUGGGUGUUUUGCAACAAUGGUUUGGCAUUCACUGGUGGAACUCGCGUGCUUUCGCUCUCCUCUUCACCCUUGUCUUCAUUCUGCUUCCAUUGGUUUUGUUCAGGCGCGUAGAAUCAUUGAGGUACAGUUCUGCAAUAUCAGUUUUUCUUGCUGUGCUGUUUGUUGCCAUUAGUUCAGUGAUGGCAAUUUUGGCACUCUUGGAAGGGAAAACGAAGAGUCCGAGACUGCUGCCCGAAUUGGACAACAAAACUUCCUUCUUUGACCUCUUCACUGCUGUCCCAGUAAUUGUAACAGCUUUCACAUUCCAUUUCAAUGUUCAUCCAAUUGGCUUUGAGAUGGGCAAACCUUCUGAUAUGAUAUCAGCAGUCCGAAUUUCAUUGGUUCUAUGUGCUGCCAUAUACUUCACCAUAGGGGUCUUUGGAUACCUUCUAUUUGGUGAUUCAAUCAUGCCGGAUAUACUUGUCAAUUUUGAUCAAAAUUCUGGUUCAGCAGUCGGCUAUUUACUCAAUGACAUAGUUCGAUUGAGCUAUGCAUUUCACCUCAUGCUGGUGUUUCCCCUCUUGAACUUCUCGUUGAGGUCCAACAUUGAUGAAUUCCUUUUUCCAAAUAAAACUCUUCUGGCAAAAGAUAACACCAGAUUUAUGUCCCUCACUCUUGUCCUACUAGCCUUUUGUUACUCGGCAGCGAUAGCCAUCCCUAACAUAUGGUACUUCUUCCAAUUCGUGGGAUCAACCUCUGUAAUCUGCCUCGCCUUCAUCUUCCCUGGCGCUAUUGCUCUCAGGGAUGCUUGUGGCAUAUCAACGACGAGGGAUAGGAUUUUGGCAGCAGUCAUGAUAAUUCUGGCUGUAACAACAAGCACAAUCGCCAUUUCUACCAACAUAUACAGCUUUUUUGCAGAAAAUGAGUCAUGACUUCUUUCCUGAUUCUUUUUUGGCAGAGGGAGGAGGAGAACACUCGUACCUUUUCUCGCAUUAUGAGGAUAAGAAAACCAGCAGGAUCACGCAUGCUCCAUCUCCUAUGGAGUGCCUUGUAGGAGCCAUCAAAUUGGAGGAACAAAUUUCCAUUGACAUCUAACACUUCAUAGUGCACAUCAAAGAGGCCACGAUGCUUCUUCUUGACAGCUAACUCCAGUGGAUAAGGCACACAUAAUCCACCUGCGACAACACUAAUCAUUGGAACCCCAUAUGCCAUCUCAGGAGUUGCCAUUGGAAUUUGAACGACUGCUUUGUAUAUCAAAAGUUCACAAUAUAAUUUGAAUUCUGAUUAAGUAUGGUAGUUUGUUUUAUGUUAGAAAUCUUGAUGUCUUUAUUGUUUGCAGUUUGGUGUGUGCCU